AUACAGCCAGUAGAAGCAAUGAUUUAGACCAAGUCUAACAAAUUUAUUACCCACUGUUACAAUAAAAGGUUCAACCAAAGGUAAUGGACUGGAACCAAAUAUUAAUUAAAGCUAGACAAAUUAGAGAGGAAUUUUUGAAAACACAUAAGUGCCUAAACAACGACAGGGAAAUAAAGACAGAGACACUUAAUAAACAUAUCAAUAACCUAGUCAGCACACUUGAAAAACUUAGAGUUUUUCUAAAUGUCAACUAUAAUAGACUUACACAAGGUCAUAAAGUAGCAGCUGAAACAUUCUUUCUUGACAUUAGGGAAAAACUCAUAACGGUAGCCUCAAGAAAAGGAAUUACAAUAGAUAUCCCAACGUCACUACACGAGGAAAUAUCAUUUACACCACUACAAGAAAUUAUACAAACUCCCACAAUGACACAGACAGUAGUAGAAUUUAUAAAUACAGCAACAAAGCUUAUACCUGAUUUUGAUGGCAAAUCAGAAAAUUUACGUUCAUUCCUUGACGCACUAACUCUGGUUGAUGCGAUAAAAGGCGAACAUGAGGCAAUAGCCAUUUCCUUAAUUAAGACUAAACUUAAAGGAAAUUCGAGAAAUUUGAUUGACAAUGAAAAUACAAUUGCGGAAAUCAGUACCAAACUACGCACCACCGUAAAAGGUGAGUCAGUAGAAGUAGUGACUGCAAAACUUAUGAAUAUAAGACAAAGUAGCAAAACUGCUACAAAUUACUGCAAUGAAAUAGAAACACUAACAAAAUCAUUAGAAAAUGCAUAUAUAAAUGACGGCAUAAACUUAAAUUUGGCAAGUAAAUAUGCGACACAAGCAGCCGUAAGGGCAAUAACUAAAAAUUGCACAUUAGAAAAAGUCAAACUUAUUAUGGAAGCAGGUCAGUUUACUGACAUGAAUGAAGUAAUAAGCAAAUUUGUUGGAAGUUGUACAGAAGCUACAGGCCAACAAAAUACCAUGCUAUAUCAAACGGGGUAAAUCUAUUAAAACAUAUAUACAAAUCAAUGAUUUGUUUGUUAAAGGGAAAUUUGACUUAGGUCAAUUUUUCUCUAGGCUCGAUGAUGUGGCCAAGCACAAAAUAUAAAAGUUGAGAAAACAAUGGCAAA